CCUCUUCAGAGCAAUGUACACCCUCCGCUCAAACCACAGUGCUCUGCACAAGGUCGCACAAGUUUGCAGGAGAGGCAGACGGCAACUUAAAAGGAAAGGAGAGGGGAAAGGAAGUCAUCUUAAAGAAGGUAAACCACACACUCUACCCAGAAGUGAUGAUGAAGGUGCACAGGUUCACAGAGCGAAACAAGACUGAAAUGAAAAGUGUGCGCGAGAGAGGGCUCAUGUGGGAACCCCCUGUUUUUGAGAUAUUUCACUGAAUUUAACUUGCAAGAUUUGCAGAAGCAAGACCACCCACUGGUGUACACACCCCAGCUUCAAUCACACAGAGGGUGGGAGAGAGACAGAGAUAAGGGGAAAGGAGUGAGCAGAAAGAGGAAGGAGCAAGUUUCAUAUCAGUGUUUCUCUUUUGGGUUUAUCACAUAAUAAUGCGCUUGGAGGAACAUUACUGCCUUGGGCUGGCUGUUACUGGACAAUGACAGGAGCUUUUCUCAGCAUCAUGAGGGCUAAUCAAUGCUGGACCAUCCUCCAUGUGUCCAUCUUGGUUGGGCUGCUCCUCACCUUAAAUGCUCAGAGUGACUCUGACUGUUCUACAGAAAUUAGAGUACGUCGCAACACAGUUUAUAAUGCAUCAGCUGGACAACAACUUUGGAUUAAUUGCACAGUUAUUUUUUGCAAUGAUUCACCACCAACAGUCACCUGGCAUAAAGUUCAGGAAGCUAUUGUCCCCUUCAAUGUCAGCGGUGACAGUCACAUUAAAACAGAGUGGAAACCUUUAAACAAGUCAGUAUGGAUCUUCUAUUUGAUCUUCCAGAACAUUCUCAGACAUGACUCUGGUCAGUAUCAGUGUCAAGGUGGAGGGAGUAUGGGUCAUGCCAUCACUGUCAAUGUCUACGAUCAUGCUGAAAUUACCACUAUUACACAGAAUAAUCUCACAGUCAGCACG